AGCACCAGCGCGGAGCUCCUGACCCGCGGGGCCGAGCGGCCUCGACAAUGGCGACGCAGGCGAAGCGCGGGCGGGUGGCGGGGCCUGUGGGCGGCGGCGACGCGGACCCGGACCCGGUGGCCGGUUUCCUGAGCUGGUGCCGGCAGGUGGGGCUGGAGCUGAGUCCCAAGGUGGCGGUGAGCCGGCAGGGCACGGUGGCCGGCUACGGCAUGGUGGCCCGGGAGAGCGUGCAGCCCGGGGAGCUGCUGUUCGCCGUGCCGCGGGCCGCGCUCCUGUCGCAGCACACCUGCUCCAUCGGCGGCCUGCUGGAGCGAGAGCGAGGCGCGCUGCAGAGCCAGUCGGGCUGGGUGCCGCUGCUGCUGGCGCUGCUGCACGAGCUGCAGGCCCCGGCCUCGCCCUGGAGCCCCUACUUUGCGCUCUGGCCGGAGCUGGGCCGCUUGGAGCACCCCAUGUUCUGGCCCGAGGAGGAGCGCCGGCGACUGCUGCAGGGCACAGGUGUACCGGAGGCCGUGGAGAAGGACUUGGCCAACAUCCGCAGCGAAUACUGUUCCAUCGUGUUGCCCUUCAUGGAAGCCCACCCCGAUCUUUUCAGCCCCAGGGUCCGCUCCCUGGAACUCUACCGCCAGCUCGUGGCUCUUGUGAUGGCCUACAGCUUUCAGGAACCACUGGAGGAAGAGGAUGAUGAAAAGGAGCCAAACUCCCCUUUGAUGGUGCCUGCUGCAGACAUACUAAACCAUUUAGCCAAUCAUAAUGCCAAUCUAGAAUACUCUCCAAAUUGUCUUCGGAUGGUGGCCACUCAGCCCAUUCCUAAAGGCCAUGAAAUUUUCAACACCUACGGGCAAAUGGCUAACUGGCAACUGAUUCAUAUGUAUGGUUUUGUUGAACCAUAUCCUGACAACACGGAUGACACAGCUGACAUUCAGAUGGUGACAGUUCGUGAAGCAGCAUUACAGGGAACAAAAGCUGAAGCUGAAAGGCUCCUACUGCAUGAACGCUGGGAUUUCUUAUGCAAACUGGAGAUGGUUGGGGAAGAGGGAGCCUUUGUGAUUGGGCGUGAGGAGGUACUGACUGAAGAGGAACUAACCACCACACUCAAGGUCCUAUGCAUGCCUGCUGAAGAGUUCAGAGAGUUUAAAGAGAAGGAUGGAUGGGGAGAUAAUAAAAGGGAAGACGACAGCUUGACAAUCACAAAUAUCCCCAAUCUCAAAGAAUCAUGGAAACAGCUUCUUCGGAACAGUGUUUUGUUGACCCUGCAAACCUAUGCCACAGACUUAAAAUCUGAACAAGAUUUACUCAGUAACAAGGAGGUCUACACCAAACUCAGCUGGAGGGAACAGCAGGCCCUGCAGGUUCGCUAUGGUCAGAAGAUGAUCUUACAUCAGUUGUUGGAACUGACAACUUAACAGGUUCCGUGUUGCCUGAAGGAACAUUGAUGAGAAGAACUUUAUUCAAAUGUUCACUGAUGGUUGAAAAAAAGGAAAAUGUGGAUCUUUUGCUUUUCCUUUUAUUAAACACCAAAAGGAAAAGGAGCAGAGGUGGUGUGCUAGGGUUAACUCUGAGGUAAGGGUGAACUGUGACUGGGCACAGCAGACUUGGGAAUUGCUGAUGGUUUACUAAGACCAAUAAAUCUUUUAACUGCUUUAUUCUCAGUUU